AUGUCUUCAUACAGUCAUGGCAAUGAUGAUGUUGAUGGUGGGAAGUUUUUCACUGUGAGUAAACUACAGUUGUUGAAUCAUGAGAAAUUUCUUUUGAAAGAGUUGGUUUUGACUAGUAGGUCUCCAGAUACUAUUCAGUUUCCAUUAUCUGAAUUUCCACGUGUUAACGUCAAUGUUCCAGAUUAUGUAGGAGGCGAAUUGAAGACCCUUAAUGAGUCUUCGAUAGCCUAUAAGAUGACCAAAACAGAUGAAUUGGGUGAGAGAAAAAUACAAUCCAAUGGCCAUUUGCUAUCGUGCAGAAAAUAUUUGUUCGAUGUGUUUAGCUUAAAAAAAUAUACAGAUGGCACUCUUUUCGUGUUGGUUCAAGAUUUGAUGGAUGCGUUAUUGGUGGAUGGGGAUCAAGACGAGUUCCUAUCCAAGUAUCAUCAGUUUUACCCAAUCGUUCCAGAUGCAUCACAAUUAAAAUUUAUUGAAAAAUCAGUUCCAAACUUGUUGAAGAAGAAUGAAAAACUAAAUUGGUCUCCUAAAUUCGUCACUGCUAAAUCUGCGUUCGUUCAGUUCGGUGCAGCGGUUAUAUGUGAAGGUACACGUUUGACAGACGAUUAUUGGGAAACCGUUGCAAGAGAUUCUUCAUUGACAUCGCAUCAUAGAGUUUUUAAAAUAUCUUCCAAACUUCAAAAGUUGUUCUUUAAAUUACAACCUUCAUUUCUUGUUGAGCAAGAAAAUCAAAAGAAAGAACAAGAACAUAUGAAAAAUACACAAGCAAACAGUCAAUAUAAUCUUGACAAUUUGGAAUUGCCAUCUUUGCUCAUAAUGGAACAGCCAUCUUCAGAGAUUAAAAAUAAGUACUUGAAAGAUUUCAGUGUUGGGAAUUCCACCACAGUGUCGGUACCGGGACAAAAUAUCAGCGGAUCUUUGGAACUAAGUACACAAUAUAAAAUACCAAAAUAUCAUAACAGAUUUUCUUUUGUUCAAGCAAUUCAAAACAAUGCCAUGGAUAUACCCAUCGACCAAGAGCUAAACUUGGAAGGAAGCGCGACUGAAUCAGAGACAAAUACGAAUAGUCAAUCCAGACCUAUGACACCUUCUCAAGGAAAUCAGGAUGCAGCCCAUAGCAAACCUGUGAGUCGUAUGUUGAGUAGCCUAUUAAACUCCACGUCGUCAUCAGGAAACAAAUCUCGUAAGAAAACUUCGGAAUCGACGCCCUAUUUCAAGGAUUCAAGACUUAUAGAACCAGAUCUAAUUAUCAAUGGCUGGAAAUUUGAGUCCUUACCUUUAAUCAAUGAAAAUAAUACAGAUAAAUCACUACAGCCAUAUUCAUUCAGGGGCUUGCCUUACUUUCAUAAAGAUAAACUUAUUGGUAGAUUAAAGAAUUUGACACCAAAUAAUAUAAGGGAAUUGGAACACAUGCACGAUUCGAUUGCUGCUAAUACCGGUAUUCAAACAGCUAGAAGAGUAAGGAAAUCAAGAUGGUUUAAAUAUUGGCAAUACAAGGCUGGAGUACCCAUAGGUUUAUACGAAAAUCAACAGGAUUACUUCAAAAACGUCUAUUUAAAUGAAAUAUUAAAACAGGUAACGGUAGAAACGCAUUACGACGAACAUUCUCAUUCAGAUAAAACAGUUACCACCAUUAGAAUUCCAAAUGCUAAUUUUUUAACAAACAAUAAUAUACAAGGAGUUGAACCUCCAUACUCUUCUUUCUUUGAAAAAGCAGAGUAUAGAAAAUAA